AUGACUCAAACUGUGGGAUCUCAACCUAAGACAAGAACCCAGUUCUAUUGUUGUUAUCUAUUGCAGUCCAUAAGUAAGAGACAAUCGUUCUAUAUCGGUUCCACGCCGGAUCCACCAAAGAGAUUAAGACAACAUAAUGGGAUUCUUAGUAAAGGCGGGGCCUAUAGAACAAGAAGGGAAGGUUCAAGACCAUGGGAGAUGAUAUGUAUUGUAUAUGGAUUCCCUAAUAAAAUAAGUGCGUUGCAAUUUGAACAUGCCUGGCAACAUGGGUAUCAAACACAUUACAUCAAGGCAGCUGACAGGAUCGUCCAAAAUAAAAAUGGAGGAAGAACUAUACAUCAUAAGCUAGUAUUAAUAAGGCAACUGAUCAAUAAUGUGUUCUUUCAAUAUAUGAAUUUGCAGGUUCAUUUUUUCAAUGAUGAUACUAGGAGGGUUUGGAAUUUAAAUAAGUUUAAAGUUGAUCUUCUAAUAGAUACGAUGAAUGUCAAGGUUUCGGAUGGUGCCCUAGGAAUACCGAAGGCUGUAACGGUUGAUGAUAUUAUGAAUCAUGCAGAAGCUAAUCAAAAACUGGUCAAAGGGUUUUAUGAUGGCUAUAUGUCUGCAUCAUGCGUAACAUGCGAAGAAUAUCAAGAGAGGCUAACUAUGGGACGAAUACCGUGUAGUAUUUGUCAGACAGAAUUUGACUAUACAUCGAGCGAACAAGAAAUGAAGCCCCUACUAGCAUUUUGCAUUACUAGUGACUGUCCAUUUACAAGUCAUCUCAGUUGUCUUCAUCGAUAUUUUUUAGAUGAUGAACAAACCGUUAUAGGUAGGCGAAAUCUGAUACCAAAAUCAGGUAAAUGUCCAGAUUGCUCAGUAGUGCUCCCUUGGGUGUCAAUUGUUAGGAAUUCUAUAACAGUUAAGAAGCUUUAUGGAUCUGAUUAA